AUGCAUUCCUGGACCAUCCUCAUGACAGCCCUAGCCGCUGCCUCAACCAGAAUGGCCUAUGCAGCGCCUCAGGUUGCUCCUGGCGGCGGUGGCGUUCCCUUCCCAGGAACGGGAACGGGCGGUGGGCAGGGUGUCGUUCCGGGACAAACAAUCCCAGGGACGGGUACUGGAGGCAACCAGUGCUUCGGUCCGGGUAUCAUUGGUGGCGGACAGGGUGUGGGCCCGGGUCAGGGUGUUGGGGGUGGGCAGGGAGUAGGCACAGGUGUUGGUACUGGCACUGGUGGUCAGGGAGGUGUCAACCAAGGUGGAGCGGGACGAGGCGGUGACACCGGUGUCGGUACCGGAACUGGCACUGGUACGGGCACUGGUACGGGCACUGGUACGGGCACGGGUACGGGUACUGAGACUAGGACUGAGGCUGAGGCUGAGGCUGAAGUGCUGUGA